CACGUGGUGCGUUUGUUUCUCAGUCACGUGGUGCGCUUGUUCGGGGUCGGGGUUCAGCCGUUGUAUCCAGGGGGGCGGAGACUGUCAGCUGAUCCAGCAGCAUUAGCCUGGGUUUGGACCUGCAGGGGGCCGGUAAUUUGUCUUGAUGAUGUCAUCGGUGAAAGUGGAGUGUGUGGUGAAGGACAGCACUCUGAUUGGUGAAGGGCCGGUGUGGGAGGAGUCAGAGCAGACGCUGCUGUUUGUCGACAUCAUUGGUCAGAAAAUCCACCGCUGGAGUCCAGUGACCAAUCAGAUCCAGUCUGUGGAGACAGGUGACUCGGUGGGCUUUGCCGUCCCCAGGGCCUCAGGUGGAUACGUGGCAGGUGUGGGUCGACGCUUCGUGGCCGUCGAUUGGUCGACUCAGACGAUGACGUCAUUGGUGGAAAUCGAUACAGAUAAACCGACCAACCGGCUGAACGACGGGAAGGUGGAUCCGAUUGGACGGCUGUGGGCAGGUACCAUGGGGGCGGAGCAUGGUCCAGGUGUGUUUCAGAAACAGAUGGGUUCACUGUUCAGUCUGAACUGUGACCUGAAGGUCAACAAACACCUGGAGCAGGUACUCCACCUGAGGAGGAGGAGCCAA